UCUCCCGGGUUGCGAAGCUCGAGCCCAGCCCAGCCCAAGAGGAUGAAGAAGCGCAAGGAGCUCAACGCCCUCAUCGGGCUGGGCGGCGGCAGCGGCGAGCGGGGCAGCGGCAGCGGCGGCGGCGGCGGCGGCCGCAAGAAGAAGCACCCGCGGAAGGGCUCCGCCUCGGGCCACCGGCUCCUGCGCACCGAGUCCGCCGAGAGCAGCAGCAGCAGCUCUUCGGACCUGGGUGACGGUGACGGCUUCGGGCUGCCGGGCAGCCGCUCGCGCUUCGCCAAGGGUGACUACCUGCGAUGCUGCAAGUUUUGCUACCCAUUAUGUGCUUUUGUUAUUCUGGCUGCUUGUGUGGUAGCUUGUGUUGGUUUGGUAUGGAUGCAGGUGGCUCUCAAGGAAGAUCUGGAUGCUUUAAAGGAAAGGUUUCGGACGAUGGAAUCUAAUCAAAAAUCAUCAAUCCAAGAAAUCCCUAGAUUGUCUGAAGAUCUGCUCAGUAAACAAAAGCACCUGGAAAAGAUUGAAACUGGAGAUAAGGGGUUAAACAAAAUAUGGGUAAACAUCACUGAAAUAAGCAAACAGAUAUCUUUCUUGGUUUCAGCAGUAAAUCAUCUCAAAGCAAACAUUAAAUCUGCUUCUGAUUUGAUUAAUCUUCCUGUCACAGUAGAAGAGCUUCAGAAAAGUGUUGCUACUAUAGGUAGCACUGUAACCAGUGUUCAUCACGAUGUUGAGACUCUGCAGGCAGCAAUUGAAGAACAUAAGAAAAUCAUAGGAACACUUCAAAGUGAUAUGAGUGAAAACGCAAAAGGUGUUAGAGGAAAGCAGAUACCUUCAGCUUCCACUUCUUUUGCUCCUCAAAUAAGUGAAAAGAAUCUGACAGACAGCUGUAAACAGGAUAACCAGUAUCUGCAUACCUCUCUAGAGGAGGUAAACUCAACUUUAAUAUUAUACCAGAAACAGAAUGAUUUAAAACUUUUCAGUAUGGAUUCCACAGUCAACAAUUUAAGCUGGAGAGUUGCUUCGUUAGAAAAUCAUAUGAAGGGUUUGAGUAAACUGGAGAAAAAAGAAAACCUGACCCUCGCUGUGGUGGGUGACUUAACUACCUCUGUGAAUGCAGAAAAUGAACCAAGAAAUGAAACUACUACUGAAAAUGUACAAAAUAUAGAGAAAAUAGAAAAUGGUGAAUCCCAGGUAUCCAAACUGAGAGAGAAGCUGCAGCUGAUCAAUGCUCUGACAAGCAAGCCUGAGAGUGACACAUCUGAAGCCACUAAAAAAGGAAAACUCCAGAGUGCCACAUCAAAGCCUACAAAACUUCCAAGACUUUCUUCAAGAUCAGUUGGCAACAGUUUUGAGAAAAUUAGAUACCCAAGAGGAUUGUCCUUACCGGGAGUAUCCAACAUACACGACCUUCAGGAAUUAUUCAGGGUCACCAACCAAGGCACUGAUGGCAAGCUCACAUUCACGGAUCUGCAAAACCUGGUUGGGGUUACGCUGCAUGAUUCUCAGAGCUUUAAGGAAUUUGAUACAGAUGGGGAUGAGAAGUAUUCAUUACCAGAACUGAGAGCUGCAUUAGGUGUAUAGUCUCUCUAUUUAGAAAUUCAGUAUUGAAGGACUAAAGUAGCUACUGAAAAAAACCCUGAUAAUUAAAAGCUACACCUGGCACUUUCCCCAGUG